AAUCUGGUAGGCACGCAGAUCGGGUAGCGACACACCCCUCUGUUUUUAACGGGCCCUUAACGUGGGACCGCCUCAUUACAUCCACAAAGCCAGCGGCUGCGGUCACACUGGACGUCUUCAGAGUUUCUGACAACUCAAGCCCACAAGAAGGACAUUACCUACGCUUUUGAGUGACCACAGGACAGACUGACAGGUGUUUGUGUAUGCAGACCUCACCUCUGCUCUGAUCAUGGAGAAUGCCCACUGGAUUGCUUCCAUCUCUUUGCUUGCUGUUGGAGCUGUAGCAGCAAUUGGUGCAGGAGUUGCUGCUGCUGUUCGCCAAAGAGACAGCAGCGAGACGCCCACACUUCAGAUGUUAAAGAAGCUUUAUCAGGACAAGGUGGAUUUUAGUAAGAGAGAGCUUGACCCUUACAAAUCAAAGGCAAAAGAUGUGGUCACCACUCUCUUGAAACUGAUCCAGAAGCACGUCAGACAAGGAGACCCCAAGAUAGAUGAGGAGCCCAUUGGCACUGGCAGUGCUUUUGAAGGCGUGAAAGUCAAGCCAGAGGUGGAGUUUGACUUCAUGGUUCCAAUUCAGAUUAUAUUUCAACAGAUUAUCGUCUCUGAUGAUGAUCACAACGUUCCAGGUUGCUUUGGACUCAUUCAGAUUGAAAAGUCAGAAUGGAUACAGUUUCAAUGUGCUACAGUUUGGGGUAGAGAUACUGCGGACUUCAAAGAGAAGUUCUGUAUUAGAUUUCGUUCACAUGGCUAUGUGCUGUCUGCCAAGAAGAUCCAGCAGUGGUUCCAAUCCAUGUGUGCUCGAACUCUGCUUGAGCUGGCAAGGUACUUCCCUGGAUUUAAUUUCAGAUUUCGGACGAGUGGCCCUGCAAGGACUCUUGUCUUUGACUGGCUUGGAAAGGAGGUGAAUAUUGACCUAGUGCCUGCUGUGCAAUAUGAAGAUGCCUACCUUGUGGCAAAGAUGACCUCACACCUUGGAGAAGCUGCAUGGAGGUUUUCCUUUUCCACCCAUGAGAAGGCUUUCUUUCAAAGCCUGUCACCCAACUACUGUUACUUCAAGUGUCUGAAGAUCCUAAAGUACCUGAGGGAGAACGAUAAGAAAAUGUGUCCGACCUCUCACCUGAGCUCCAGCUGUCCUUCUUACUACCUGAAGACGGCAUUUGUCCACCAGGCAGGGCAAAGCGACCAAGACAUCUGGAAGAAUGAGGACCUGGAGGACCGAGUGAAGAAUCUCCUCAGGUAUCUGGCUGAGUGUAUGGGGCGAAAGCACCUCCAGCACAUAUAUAAGAAUAAAACAAAUUUACUGAAAGAUGUGAGUUCAACCACUUUGGAACAGAUCAGGUUUAGGCUGCUUUACAUCCAUAAGAACUUUGAAUCAGUCCUGCAGUAUCACUUGCAAUAUUAAACUUGGAUGAACUAAGAGCCUAAACAUCUGUGGAAGGACAGGAACCGCACAGCACUGUACUGCUACAGUAGACAUUACCUUUGUUAAGAUCGUAAUGGUGAACAGAAUCACAAUAACCAAGUCCUCGCAAAUGAAUACAGAGGACCAGCCAAAAUGCUAACCAGGCCAAAACUGAUCCUUCCAGCGGAUUUCUCUGAAUGAAAUUUAGAGGCGUGUGACCAGAUAAAGUGUUGAGUGACUUUUAAUCUAUUUAGAGCUCAUUGAACUUGCUCCCGUUGCUAAAGCGCCAUCACCUAUUCAAGAAGAUUCCUGUCACUCCAUCUGUAUCUUAUACUGUAUAAUCAAAUAAGAUUCUAAAAUACUGUUAGACUUAAAUUCAGGAAGAACAUCUGAAUUAGAGUGUAUGCUUACAGCAAUAUAUUUCUGAAGUUUCAAACAGUUUCUUGUUUCAUUGUGAAGUUGCUCUUGCUUUCAAAAUAAAUGUUUAAAAUAA